AUGGGCAAGAUGGUUAAGAUGGCAGAAUUUAAAACGAAUGAUGGGGUUAUCAUCAAAUAUAUCGAUACAGAUUCUAAGAAUGAGGGAGGGAAGGAGUGGUUGGUUCUUCUUCACGGCUUCACUGGCUCAUCAGCUGUUUGGCAACGCAACAUCCAUGCUUUAUCGGAGCAAUAUCGCGUUCUUGCACCGGAUCUUAGAGGUCAUGGAGAGAGUGGAAAACCGAAGCAUGGAUAUCAUGUUAGUCGACUCGCGAUGGAUUUACACGAACUUACACAGCACAUUAUCAACUCAUCAUCUACCAGCCAAAAGGACACCAUCUCCAAUAACCAAUUCAUGGCUAUUGGCGGUAGUCUCGGUUGUGCGAUUCUCUGGAGUUAUGCCGAACUCUUUAGCACGAGAGCAUUCAAGAAAAUGAUCUUUGUGGAUCAAAGUCCAUUGCAGAAUUUGACGUUGGAUGGAUGGGAUAGUCGAUUCUGUAACCGCGGUAUGAAUAAUCCAUGGGCAAUUGCAUCUCUUCAGAAGACUCUUGAGCUGGCGCCAGAACUGGCACAUCGGGGGACCAUUGCUGCUUGUUUGGGUUAUCGGUAUGCACCUGUGGAAUCUGAGAAUGGGGUUAGAACGCAGAAGGAAAAAGAUGAGGAUGAGGAGUUUUUUCUAGGAGAAGCUGUUAAGGGUGAUGGAAGGUGGUUGGGGAAAUUGAUGGAAGAUCAUACGGCUAAAGAUUGGAGGGAUAGUAUUCGUGCUUCUUUUGGGCCGGGGAGUGGGAGUCACACGCGGGUUUUGGUGGUGGGAAGUAGUAGGAGUGGAUGUUUUCCUGCGGAGGGGGUGAUGAAGAUUGUGGAAUUAGUUAAUGGUGGGGAUGGAAAUGAAGGAAAGGAAAGGGAUGGGAAUGCACGAGGGGUGGUGGUUGAUUGGGGUGGGCAUUGGUGUUAUUGGGAGGAUCCGAAGAGGUUUGAUGAUUUGGUGUUGGUAUCCCCAAUAAAUAAAGACUCUUCAACUGACAACAAUCUUUCAAUCGGCAUCGAGAAAAAGCAACCAACCAACCAAUCAAUCAACCCAAUGGCGCGUUUUGUUUCUGGCCUCCGGGAGGAGAGAGCUUGGGGAGGAGAUGCAGAGAGCGACGAGGAGCUUUUGCUCCCAGCAGUUGCCGCCGCCGCCGCCCGCCUUAUCUCCCGCCCUCCCUCUCCUCUCCUCCCCCUCUUCGUCACCCCCGCCGCCGCAACAACACCCGCCGCUGCAUCCCUUCUCACCCACCUCACCCUCUUUCCCUCUCCCCGACCCUCCCCCUCUCCUAUGGUCGCCGCCCCGCCUCCUCCGGGAGUUUAUGAUCGUUUUUUUGGUGCUGGCGCGCCCCCGGCACAUUUUUGGACGUUUCUUGGUUUUGUUUUGACAGUAAUUUUUGCUUUUUGUAUCUUCUUAAAGGAGAUGAUGACUUGUAUAAUUAUAUAA